AUGGGGAGGACUACUACACUAAGGUACCUACCAGACCUGUACCCCCAAAGCCCUUACCGGCUGCGAAGCCUCCUAUUAGAUGAGCUACGCCGGAACAUUGCAACCAACAUCUGGCAGUUCCGGGAGGAAAUCAAUGGCGUCUCGGCACGCUUGCAACACACUGAAUUGAACACCGCGGAUCACGAGAACCGCAUACAAACGAUGGAGAGACAGAUGGCUGCCUUACAACGAGAACAGACACAAGCCAAAGAAAAUAUGGCAGUAAUGGAAGACAAAAGGCGCUGGAAGAAUAUUAAAACUAGAGGCCUGCCUGACACACUAGAGCCUGCGGAGUUCCCGCACCUAUUCCGCAGGAUGCUCAAUACUUUAUUUCCCGCUAAACAGGCCAAGGCGAUACCUCUAGAUGGAUGGUACAGAAUCCCCAAACCAGCCACAAGCACCCAGAGCAAUAGCAGGGACACCAUCAUCUGCUUCCAGCAGAGCCAGGACCAACUGGCCUUCAUGGCGGCCAUCCGCAACAGGUCACCCUUACAAUUUGAGGAACACUCGUUAACAUUUUUUCCUGACUUAUCCAGAGCUACCCUGGAUUGGAGACGCUCACUCCACCCACUGACAAAAGGAACUCAUUGCCCGAAAAUAUUGUACCGCUGGGGAGCGCCGAGAAGCCUAAUCAUACCAAAGGAACAUGGCGACCUGAAACUCACCAAUGCUGCUGAAAUACCCGGUAUAGUGCAAGCAAACGGUUGCAGUACUAUCUCAGCUGACACCUUCCACUAUUACUCACUGGGACCCAGGGAAGGUGCGCCCAUUCGUACCGGCGGCCCUCCGAGGAAACCCAUCGUCACCCUCAGGGUCAUGAACUGCUCACAGAAUACCACAAUAAUCUAUAGAACCUUCUGCAAUUCAAGUACUGUUUCUUUCUUCUCGUUAUCUCCAUUUGCGUUAAAUGUUUAUCACAUGUUCACAUAA